GGAGGGCGGGGAGAAGCGCCGUCUGCAGCCGCGACGCCAUUUGCCACUGCCAAGCGUGGGCACAGGCGGCUCUCGGAAGCACCGGCGACCAACCUCUUCCGAGCACGCUUCUCGGCCUCCCGCAUAGUCUUCCUCCCGCGCGUUUCUCAGCGUCGUCCCUCGGAGUCACCGCCGCUCCUGCCGCCUUCCGGAGCACGGUCGCACACGCCGCCUGCCCGGUUUUGCCGCCAUGCCCAAGAAUAAAGGAAAAGGAGGUAAAAACAGACGCAGAGGAAAGAAUGAGAAUGAAUCUGAAAAGCGAGAGCUGGUCUUCAAAGAGGAUGGGCAAGAAUAUGCUCAGGUAAUCAAAAUGUUGGGAAACGGACGAUUAGAAGCAAUGUGUUUCGAUGGUGUAAAGAGACUAUGCCACAUCAGAGGGAAGUUGAGAAAAAAAGUUUGGAUAAAUACCUCAGACAUCAUAUUGGUGGGCCUCCGAGAUUACCAGGAUAACAAAGCCGAUGUCAUUUUAAAAUACAACGCAGAUGAAGCUAGAAGUCUCAAGGCGUAUGGCGAGCUUCCAGAGCAUGCUAAAAUCAAUGAAACUGAUACAUUUGGUCCUGGAGAUGAUGAUGAAAUUCAGUUUGAUGACAUUGGGGAUGAUGAUGAAGACAUUGAUGAUAUCUAAAGUGAACUCAACAUUUGACAUUCCAGUCCUUUUGAAGAUUGCCCUGCAAGUUUGGAAUUGAUCCUAGAUGUUAAGGAAAAGUUUUCACAACUAUGAUUGUAAUUUGUUGAGGCAGAUUUGAUUCAAUACUAAGGUCGCUUCUUUCAAAACUGAUAAUAUCUUAACUGUUAGGUUAAGCCCACUUUGUUCAUUUGAUGUAAUGAAACUCAAGAAGAUCAUGUAAGAAAAAAAAAAUACAUUACUGCCUUUCCUACUUUGACCCCUUCCAGUAAGUAAAUGGAUGUUUUGAAUAAACCAUUUGCCUUGUACUCAUUAUAAACUAUGAUUAAGCCCUCCUGUUGCAUAGCUGUUGACUGUACAGUCUUUGUGUAUAUUCCAGUUGCCCAGAGAUUUUGAUACAAAUGGAGGCAGAAAUCUGUUUUUUGGUUUGUUUUGUUAUAUUUUGAGACAGAGUCAAACUUUGUAUCUGAAGCUAGCUUGGAGUUCACUAUAGUCCUAGUGGACCUCAAACUCACUAUGAUCCUCUUUUCUCAGCCUCCUGGGUGCUGAGAUUAUAUGUAUGUACCACCACACCUGGCAGAAAUCUAUUUAAAGGCAAAAAUGAUAGGUCUGCUUUUCAUAUUUAAGUCUGUGGCUAUUUUUAUACUAGCUUUGAUAACAUAUAAGUUCUUUUCAUGAUUUUAUUUUGCAGUCAUCAACUUACUGGGGGAGGAAAGGCACUUCCAAAAUGUUUUUAGAAACUGGUUUUUAAUGCCAAUUUUGAAUUCAGGUCAGUAGUUACAGAAAUUGAACACUAGGUGGUGCUCAGUUGUCUUAACAUUGGAAAUACUAUUUUAAUUAUUGAGAUGGUUUCCUUUCACAACUAGUGUGAAGAGGAAAUUCCCAAACAAGGAAAAGAUUGUUUUACUCAUGUGUGUAGAAUAUUUUUAACAAAAAGAAAGAUUAUGUUGGGGUAUUGCUUUUUCAGGAGUCUUAUUCACAUAAGCUACAAUUGAGUGCUUUAUAAACACAUAAAAUAUAUAGGCAAGUGAAGAUUUAAGUUCAUAACAAUAUAUUAUAUGACAAAAGUAUAAAUUAAUGCUUUUUCAGGCUUACCCUGAACUGGGGGGGGGGGGAAUGAGGGAAUAACAAACUUAAGCCUGAUAGAAUGGCAUGACCUGUAACCCUGCAUUUGUGAGGUCCAGGCAGGAGGAUCAAGAGUUCAAAAACAAACUUAGUGAAAAGAUGUCUUCUCAUUUCUAAAUCUAAGACCUGUAUCUGAAAAAAAGAGCAUGCUACAGAGGCUUGUAUACUCUGACUUUACAUUUGGGACAAGUUUACUGUGUAGACAGUCUGGGGAAGACCCAAGGAGGUCCCAUUGUCUUUCUACUGGGAAUUUAGGUUUGCUCUUAUUUAGGAGUUACUACAGUUAGAGCUGGGCUAGUCAGAAUUCACUGUACACACUGAAAGCAUGCAAGUUUAAACGAGGUCCAUCAUGCACCUUGUGGACCUUGUAUUCUACUAGCAUCCAGAAAACUUUUCAUUAAUGAAAAGUAAUACACAAAGGAAUGCACCUUUACAUGCUUUCAAAAAACAAGAUCUUCUCUAAUCCCCCCCCCCCUUUUUUUUUUUUUUGAUUUUCGAGACAGGGUCUCUCUGUAUAAUAGUCUAGCUGUCCUGGAACUCACUGUGUAGACCAGGCUGACUUUGAACUCACAGAGAUCCACCUGCCUCUGCCUCCCCAGUGCUGGGAUUAAAGGUGUGCACCACCACCCUGCUCUAAUCACUUUCUUAACUAUGACUUCAUCUCAGGUUUUCCUACUUAGCUUCAAAAUCAGAGGUACCAUAACCACAGUAGGAAAGAUGAAGUGAUGCAGUCUGUUUCUUCUUCUGAGGAGUUUCUUAGUGAUUCUCUAGGCAGAAUGUAUCUGAGAACAAGGGCUUAAACUAGCCCUUGUCUUCAUCAGUAAUUAGACCUCUGGACCUUAAAAGUGUUUCACCAGCUGGAUGUGGCAUACACCUGUGAUCCCAGCACUGGAGGAUUUUUGUUGAAUAGCAACCAGGGCUACAUAAGACGCUGUCUCAAAAGCAACAAUAAAAAUGAAAAGCCAUUUUUACUGAAUUUUCAGUGUAUAUAGUUAUGCAUUAGUUUAUGAGCAGUGUUUUAACUCUACAUAGGUGAUACAGCUCAAAGGCUAAUUUUCUACUUCCUGUAACAAACAGGAUUUGGAGGAUUUUCAGAAAUUACAUAUGAACCCGUUUCCUGUACCUUCUGGUGGUUUUCUCUCUUUUCUUGCCUAAAUAGUAGCAGCAUUAAUGAGUGCUCUUGUGUCCCGGAAGAUGUGGAGUCAUUGGUUGAAAAUAGUUGAAUACAGUUGUCACCGGUAUGCAAACGCUACCUGGAAGAGUUCUUUGCCGUGUGUUUGCAAUGGGAGUUGAUUCAAUUUUAUUUCAAAUAAGGAAUGGAAGUGGUCUUCAAGGAAAUUGUUUUUUUUUAAUUUGACUUCUAUAGUACAACUCUAUAAGCAGUGCCCAGAAAGAAAAAUAAAGUGUUUGAAAUCUAAGAAUUAUGCUAUUUUGUUUUAUGGAGGGGGGGGGGUCUCAUGUACCCCACUCUGGCCUUGAAACACCAACAGUUGAGGCCAGCCUCGAACUUCCGAUCCCCUGCCUUUACCUCCCAAAUGCUGGGGUUAUAGGUGCGUACAAGCACACCCAAGUAGAAUAAAGCCUCUUCCUGCUAAGAUGGUAUAACAAGUUAAUGCUCAUCAACUUGACAGUCUCACACCAAGCUCUUGAUCUGAUCCCCAGCACCACAUAAAUGAGCCAGUUUGAUAGGGUUUGUUUUUCAUGAAGUUGAUUCCUGAUAGAGUAUGGGCAUGGUGUGUUGCUAAAGGGAGUAAGUAGCCACACCAAGCGUCUGUGUAAAAAGACUUGCCAAGAUUUAGUCGUUUGCCUGUUGAAUCUUUCUUAACCAUCUUAACUUUUAAGAGAACUACUUUUAGGAGACUACAAAGUAUUUGUGACAGGAAUUUUUAUAUUUCAUUUGGAAAAUAGCCAUUGGUUUACUCAUCCCAUGUAUGGAAUCAUAGCUAUAAAUUGUCACUUAAAAACUUUGUGACUUGUAGUGUUACUUAAUUGGUAUUGUCUUAGUAAACUUGACUGUGUUGAACAAGAUCUCUAAUAGGUAGAAACUGUCAGUGUUGACUGCAGAGUGAGUAAUCAAAUAGAUAAAAGCAUGUUUUCAAUAGCUAGAUUUCUACUCAAUUUGUAUUCUGUACAGAUUUAAUGAUGUCCAUUAUAAACUGCCUUUACCGUUAAAGUAUCAGGAUGAAGACAGUUCUGUUUGUUAACCUGCCUUUCAUAAAGAUUACAAAGAUUUGUAUUAGUGUGUGAUAUUCAUCCUGCUCAGUAAAGAUAAGUUUCAUUUACAUACUAGUAGGACUCCCAUGGAUUUUGACACACUAUAUUCAUGUUUGUGGUUUACCUUAAACCAUCAUUUUCCAUCCUUGUUCAGAAAAGAACAAAAUCUGCAUUAAGUUGUAUUACAAGUGUAAGUAAACACUAGACUGAGCAAUUAAGAGACUAGACUGGUCACCUCUACCAGUUUCUUGAGAGACAGUGUGCUAGAAAUAGAAAAGGAAGAACAUGGGUCCUGGGAUCAAUUGUCCUGUAUCCCAACCACCAGUCAGUUCUACCAACUAUCUACCACUACCUUUCCAGCUUGCCUCAGCUUCACAAGCCUGACCUGGGAUAUAGGGAGGAUAACAGCAUCUACUAUAGAAUUAGUGGAGGAUUAGUAACAGACCUUUGUAUGUGUGACACACUUGGUGUUUGCUUUUCACAUGGAAAUCCAGGACCAUGUAAGACAGAAGAUGCAUGUCUCCUGUGUUCACUGUGUACCAUAUCUUGCUUGCAGUCUUUAAUUACUGUGAUAGAAUGAACGUGUAGAAUAUAUAUUUGUAUUGUGUGGACACUGCAGUUGCUACCACACCAUCCUUAUUUAAUUCAGCAGGUGGGAGUCUCUAAGUUGCUUGCAGCUAUUUAUGGAAUUCCAACCGCUCUAUAUUUCUUCAGAGAAAGUUUAUAGUUACUAAUAAUGCUGGCUGUGGUAAUGUGUCAUUUAUGCUUUAAUGUGUCCUUUUGCUAUAGAUUCCCAUCCAUGGAACAAUGUAAAGAAAUCAGAUGCAAACUACAGCAAUCAGAAAAUAAAACACGAAAACAACCCAA